AUGCCUUACUCUCCUGGUGACGCUGCUAAGGGUGCUGGCCUUUUCAAGACGCGGUGCGCCCAAUGCCAUACCGUUGGUGCUGGUGAGCCUCACAAGGUUGGCCCCAACCUCCACGGUGUCUUCGGUCGUAAGACCGGUCAAGGAGAAGGUUUCUCCUACACCGCUGCCAACGUGAACAAGGGCAUCACUUGGGACGAGAACACUCUAUUUGAAUACCUUGAGAACCCCAAAAAGUACAUUCCUGGUACGAAGAUGGCGUUCGCUGGCCUCAAGAAGGACAAGGACCGUAAUGACCUUGUUACAUGGUUGAAGGAGGCUACCGCAUAAGGGAUCUGAAUCGCAUUUAUCCCUAUCUCAUCCUUUCCUAUCAUAUACCUUCAUUGGGCCUUAGUACUUGUAGACGACCCUUCUAUUGAUUUGGUUCUCCC